CCUACCUUAAUCAGGAGUGAAAGCCAAGGAACGCCACUCAUUAGCUUUGUGAUUCCAUAAGCGGCCCACCGCGGCCUUACUGAAGAACUAUAGGCGAUGGUGGAUCGAUCACUCGCACAUAGAGCACUACCUAGAUAUGAGACAUGUGGAGAUCCAUAUGUAUCUUCGACGCUCAAAACUCCAAGCCACCCGUCAUUUCUAGACCAAACGCCGAAACGCGAAAAGUAACUUACCCUUCUUCCCCUUACUCAUGGAUUCUUCGACAGCCCUCGAUCGCCCGUGGCUGAUGAAGUAAGGACUUUUAAUGUCGACUAAAAGGCCCGCAUUCGUAGGCUUUUAAGCGUCGGGAAACACUACCAAAGCAGCAGGCUGUUUGCUCCCGCCUCCAGUAACAGCAAGAGAGGUAGAAUUGGGCUAGGCCUUCCUUCUACCGACCGAUAUGCUUGUUCCUCUAUUUGGCCCGCAAUCCUACAGUUUAUAAGAAACUAGUCAAAGAGAUUCGUACGACGUUUCAGACCAGCGAAGACAUACGAGCAGGACCUACAUUGGCUUCCUGUCAAUACCUUCGGGCUUGUAUCGACGAAACUCUACGCAUGUCUCCGCCUGUAUUGGGUACUCCGUGGCGAGAACUUUCGCCAUCGGACAAAUCGGUGGAACCACUCAUCAUAGAUGGGCAGGUCAUACCUCCUGGCAUCCAAAUUGGUGUUAAUAUUUACGCUCAUCAUCAUAACGAAGAGUAUUUUCCAGAGCCUUUCUCUUACAAACCCGAACGACGGCUCGAGUCGAGCACACCUAUAGAUCAAAGAAAGAGAAUGCAGGAAGAAUUCGUGCCAUUUUCUAUCGGUACACGUAAUUGUCCUGGUAGGACUCUAGCAUACCACGAGGCCAGCAUCGUAUUGGCAAAGAUAUUGUGGUAUUUUGAUUUUGAGGUGGCCCCGGGGGAGUUGGGUAAACUUGGGGCUGGAAAUAGCACUCUGGGCAACGGAAGGGAGAGGGAGGAUGAGUAUCAACUAUAUGAUGUCCUCACUUCGACGCAUGAUGGGCCAAAUUUGAUAUUCGUACCCCGCGAAUAUUUCCACGAGGGUGUUAUCGGCAACAUUGAAGGAAUAAGACAAAUACAUUAGGUACCUAGGUACCGAAACGGUACUUACGGCAUCCUAGACCAUCAAUGAAAUGCUGGGGAUGUGCGUCGCCUGUUAAACCUACGCCACCUACAGUAUCACUCAAUCCCUCCGGAUAACGCACCUAUCUACCUAGGUACGUACUUAGGUACCCAUGCGACAUUUCAGUAUUGCUUUGAUGUAGAAGCCACUCAAAAUAUUGAUCAAGAACUU